AUGCAGGCCUCAGGGACUUGCUGGAGAACUGGGUGCACUGAAUUGAUCACCAGUCCCCUUUCACCCGUCACUGUGCAACUGCUGCCAGGCGACGAGGGCAUGCUGCUGGAGGGCUGGGUGCUUCAUCUGGAGGGUUCGAGGACAUGCUGGAGAAACUGGGUGCUGCAUCUGGAGCGGGUGGGUCUGGGACGCCACUUCAUAGUCUUUGCUGCUGACAGCAAGAGCCUCGAAUUCGCCCACUCCAAAUGGCCUGGCCAGGCCAUUUAUCUCAAUCUGAGUGUGCAGUUUGGCAGCGAGGAGAGGGCAGACGUGGAGGGAGGGGGCAUCACGCUUCAAGUUGGCACACCCCUCCACCGCAUUCCACCCCUCCCACUCCUGCAGGCCAUUCAUCUCGACCUGAGUGGGCAAUUUGGUCAGGAGGAGAGGGCGGACGUGGAGGGCGCAUCGGUCAUUGGAACAGCAGCCUUCCACCGGGUGGCAUCCCACCGCGCCAUCUACAUCCACCAUCUGCUCUCCUUCGGCUUCUCGGUCCUCUACAGCGACAUUGACAUCGCCUUUCUGCACAACCCCCUCCCCUUCUUCCAAAAACCUGACUCUAGCGGCAGCAGCAGUGGGCAGCAGUAG